AUGCAGGAGAGGGUGCUUCUGGAAGCGCAGCCCGAAGGUUUGGAGGAGUUCUGGGAUUACGAACACCAAGUGGACCUGGAGGCCUUCAGCAGCCCCACAUUCUACAGUUUGCUUCUCAAACAGAGUCUCUCGGUCACUUCUCGACUGGGACAGCUCACCACCGAGGUGAAGAAGCUAUACCAAGGGGUAACCACGAAACUACAGAUACUUCAGCCGUGCUUGAUCACCACCGAGGGGAGAAUGGGCGACAGCUAUGACAAAAUUAGGAGGGAAGUAGAGCGGGAGGAAGCACGGCGAAAGUCUAUGGGCUCCCAGCUGAGGACAGUUAUUGAGGAGCAAUUGCAGGUUUUGCAGAGAGAGCAGCAGGCCCAGCUGAGAGUCCACGCUGUAUUUACUGCUGAUCUCAGAGAGUGCACUAGAUUGCUGUCGCAAAUAUACAGCAAUCACCAACCAAUAUUUGAACAAAAUUUGAUCCACAGAUUGACUUCCAUAAUAGAAAGGAUGGAGGACCUGGUCACAGCUGAGUGCCAGCGUCAGGGAGCAUGGGGGUUUCUUGGUGAAGGCACAGGAGCAAAACUGCUUUGUCCUAAAACUGGAAAUGUUCUCACAAAGGAACACAUCUUUGGUACAAACGGCUCACUUCUGGUCCAUCAAGCCCUACAUUAUGAUGCUGUGACUGGGCUUAUAAAGCCGAAUGCCCACAGCCACUUGCUGCUGAGCAGUGGCCACAGUGUGCCUGUGCCGCCUAAUCACUUUGUGCACCCACAGACUGGCAGAGUGAUGCCCAUAUCAGGCAACGUGGCCUAUGACCCGACCAGCUCCACUUUGGUCGUUACCCUGGACUCAUGUAUAGGAGACAGUCUCAAGUUAGACAGUCCUCUUAUUCCUUUCAUCCCAUACCCCACUCAUCUCCACUCAGGACAGCCUCUGUCUAGGAUCCGCCUUAGCGGCCUUCGACCAGGCCAGAGGCUGCAGCUGGGGGUUCCUAUGGCAGACACUGACACAGGGGUCCCAGUUCCCAUUCUUGGAGUGACCAUUCACCCAGAGACUGGACUGGUGUACCCCUUAGGUGGACUGCACAUGUGUCCCAUCACCCGGCAGCGACAGCCUAUACAGAUUGGCUGUCCAAUGCGUGAGUCCCGUACAGGAAACCUGGUGCUAAUUGUUGGAGUAAGUCUGGAUUCAGUAACAGGUGCAGUGCUGCCAGUAGGGGGCAUCCUGCUCUCUGAUUUCUUUGUGGAGCCUCUCAGUGGGAGGACGCUCAGAGUGGGAGGAGCUUCCAUAAAGGCAGGGCAAAUGGUGCCUCAUGGGGGCGGAUUCCAAACACAUCUGGACUGUAAGGUGUUACUACACAACUCUUCAACAUAA